UUCAGCUAGGUAUCUCUUCAGCUUAAUACCCCACCAUAUCAGCUUGAAUUUCACUUCGCGCAUUAUUUCCAACUGAACAUUGAAAUGAAUAAAUUGUGUUGAACGCUACACUCUUUCAAUAUGCCAGGACCUCCGAAUAAGAAGCAGAAGCGGCAAGACUACCGUCAAGCCUUGAAAGAAAAUGGCACGACAAACAUGCCCAAGAAGAAAUUCUAUCGCCAACGGGCGCAUGCAAAUCCCUUCUCAGACCACAAGUUAACAUACCCAAUUAGACCCGAUGAUAUGGACUGGUCUACAUUCUUUCCGACAUUUGUCGCAGAUACACAAUCGAAUUCAUUCCCACAGGCAUCUGAAGAUGUCGAAGUAAUACCGAACCCACCACCGAAAAAACUUACGAAGGAUGUCGAGGUUGUGGAUAUAGGCUGUGGGUUUGGAGGUCUAUUAGUGGCAUUGUCUCCUGUGAUGCCAGAUAUAUUGAUAGUGGGCAUGGAGAUCCGAUCUCAAGUAACAGAAUUCGUUCAAGAUCGUAUCAAAGCCCUUCGUGCGAAGGAUCCCGAGCAAAAGAAGUUUCAGAACAUUGGCUGCAUACGGGCAAACACGAUGAAGUUUCUUCCUAAUUUCUUCAGAAAGGGGCAGCUUUCAAAGAUAUUCAUCUGCUUCCCGGAUCCACACUUCAAACAGCGCAAGCACAAAGCCCGGAUCGUAUCCACUACAUUAAACUCAGAGUACGCAUACGUCUUGAAGCCAGGUGGAAUUGUGUACACCAUUACAGACGUCGAGGAUCUUCAUAAGUGGAUGGUGCAACAUCUCGAAGCUCACCCUUCGUUUGAAAGAGUAUCUGAAGAAGAGCAAGAUGCUGAUGCGUGCGUGGAAGUUAUGAGAACCGAAACCGAGGAGGGGAAGAAGGUUGAGAGAAACAAGGGACAGAAGUUUGUUGCCUUGUUUCGUCGCUUGGAAGACCCUCCGUGGUGAUCGUCAAUUCUAUGAUGGAAAAUUUAUAAGAUAAUAGUAUUGUUCUCUGGAAGGGACCCGGAGAAAGAGUUGACUCUUGUGAACAUUAUACUUGCCGUUAUAAAAUGAGCAAAAGAGAUACCCCUGUGCCUGAUAUUCAUACCAAUGACCUAUUGUCUUAUCUACAUUUGGUACUUAG